AUGAGGAUCCUCCUAUGGGGUGUCUGGUUGUUCAGCCUGCUUGCCUAUGCUCUCAGCGACUGCCGGAGGGACUGCCUGAAUUGCCACAGACACUUGUACAGUCACCAGGAUGACUUCAGUCUUCUUAUCUGUGUCAUGGAAUGUGAAGGGAAGCUCUUUUCUAGCGCCACCUGGGGACUCUGCAGCCAAGCAACCGGGAAGGCCUCCUUGCCACUGGGUCUUGACAGUCUAGAAGAAGCAGCUAAUCGGCCCUUGGAGAUGUGGGAUGGCGGCCUGCUCAGAGGCAGAGGCAACCUCAAACACCUGGGCGACCUGACAAGAAUGGUGGAUCUCAGCAAGGUGGAAGACGAGAAGCAGGUUUCCAAAGUGAGAGGUCUCGUCCGCCAGCCGGAGGCAGAAGAAGGGGCCAGUGAUGGAAGCCAAGCACCCCUGGGGGACUUACAAGACCAGCUUGAGAUUCCCAAGAGGUUGGGUGGUUUUCUGAGUGGACCAUUUGGUUAUGGGCCGAUGGCAGAACCUGCCGUGCAAGAGCUUCAGAAACGGUAUGGAGGCUUCAUCGGCGUCCGAAAGUCAGCCCGGAAGUGGCAUAACCAGAAAAGGUUUAGUGAGUUCCUGAAGCAGUACCUUGGGAUGUCCCCACGAUCUGUUGACUACGAUGGCUUUGAUGAUGACCUGAAGGAGCAGAAUGAGAUCUAG